AAACAAGAUUGUGGUUGGCGGGGUUUAUAGGUGGGUCGUGUUAAAUACAAACAGCCCAUGCAGCACAGAUCUGCGGAGGGAAUAACUCGUUCAUCUAAAAGCCUGACAUAAACGGAGGAUGGCUUCGCUCAAGUUCAUGGUCCUUCUCUCCAUUGGGCUCCAAGGCUACAGUCUGACUUCAGCCUUAAAUACGGGGGAUUUGCAGAGUUUUUCGGAUGCAACGGGAACGAGUGACGAGUCUGUGUUUCAGGCCACAAAACAGACUGGGGACGUCUGCCAGGACUGCACCCAAAUAUUUGAACUUCUUGCAGAUCUGCUUUCCAACACGGACAUCGAGACAAAGAUGAUAGAAGGCAUUGACCGUGUGUGUGACCUCUUGCCUGGUCCGUCCACUGCUGCCAAGUUCUGCAGAGAAGAAGUGGAGAAGAUGCUUCCUCUGGCCAUCGCCUUCAUCACCAGUGCUGUGAAACCAGAGGAGGCCUGCAAAAUCAUGGGGCUCUGCCAGUCCUGUGACAAACAGGAAAAGAUGCUCAGCUAUUUUGUGAAGGAGGCGCUUCAGGCUGCGGUGACAAGUGACAAUAAGCAGCCCACAACACACUGCUCCUUCUGCGUGUUUCUCCUCAAGACACUGGAGGACCUGCUGCCUAAAGAGAGGACAGAGGCCCUUGUGAUGAAGCUUCUGGAGGAGAUUUGUAAAAUCAUGCCCGCCCCCUAUCAAGACCAGUGCGAGGACAUCAUAAACAAGGUCACUAAGACAGUUCUAGAUGCUAUACUGAGCUUCGCCACACCCAAGACCAUCUGCACACUCCUCCACCUGUGUAAAGGACAGCAGGCAGCUCCAGUCGAUCCGUGCAUUUUGAUAACUUACAGGUGCAGAGACGUGAGGACUGCCCUCAGAUGUGGAACUCUGCUCUACUGUCAGAGAUUUGUCUGGAGGCCACUCGACUACAACUCGCUCUAAAAAAAGUGAGUGUGGGACUGAAAAGACCCACGCCUCCAUGCGGGAAUCAAACUGCUCCACACCUGUGUCAGGAUGUUCCUUUAUUUGUGAUUUUGCUUUGUAUACUAAACAUAAACAAAGAUAUGACUAUGA